AUGGGUACUAAUUCAUCAUCAUCAUCAAGCAGUACAUUAUCCAACCCGAGUCAAGCCCAAAUCGAUGCUCAAGUCAGUUCGUAUCUAGAAAGUGCCAAACUCGAUUUCGACAAUCGUUUUGCUCAACCGUCAAAACAAACAGCUAAAUUAGAUGAAUUUCAACUGCAACGCACCGUUGGCACAGGCUCCUUUGGUCGUGUGAUGAUCACGCAACACGGUUCUCAAACACUUGCAUUAAAAAUCAUGGAAAAACAAUUAAUUGUGAAAUUGAAACAAAUCGAACAUACGUUGUCAGAAAAACGAAUUUUACAAGCAAUCAAAUUUCCAUUUCUCGUCAAUUUAGUUUAUUCCUUCAAAGAUAAUUCUCAUCUUUAUCUAGCUUUAGAAUUCGCCAGCGGUGGAGAAAUGUUUACACAUCUACGAAGUGUUGGAAAAUAUCCCGAAGAUCAAACACGUUUCUAUGCAGCACAAGUUGCAUUAGCAUUUGAGUAUUUACAUUAUCUAAGCAUUAUUUAUCGAGAUUUAAAACCCGAAAAUAUUUUGUUUUCUGCAGACGGGUACUUGAAAAUAACCGAUUUUGGUUUCGCCAAAGUCGUGCGUGAUCGAACGUAUACUCUAUGCGGAACACCUGAGUACAUUGCACCGGAAAUCAUUAUGUCACGUGGUUAUAAUAAAAGUGUUGAUUAUUGGGCAUUAGGAAUAUUGAUAUUCGAAAUGGCUGCAGGUUAUCCACCAUUCUAUGCCGAUCAACCGAUUCAAAUUUAUGAAAAAAUUGUUCAAGGAAAAUUCAAAUGUCCAUCCCAUUUUUCAUCCGAUUUGAAAGAUCUGUUGAAAAAUUUACUUCAGCUUGACUUAACGAAACGAUUCGGUAAUUUGAAGAAUGGAACAAAAGAUAUCAAAUAUCACAAAUGGUUUGGAAAUACCCACUGGAUUGCUAUUUUCGAAAAACGUGUCAAAGUGCCGUAUAUCCCCAAAGCAGAUAAAGAUCAUUACGAAAAAUACGACGAAAAGCCUCUAACACAUGCUGCGAAUGAACUAUUUCAAGCUGAAUUUGACAGCUUUUAA